UUUGAAGCCAGAAAUCCCAAGCUUAUGCAACACCUCGAUAAUACAAGGCUCUUUCGCGUCAUUCGUCUUUCGCCUCGAGCUGUGCCGCAACAAAUGCGCAAAAUGUGUCUCUCGCGCAAGUUUCUUCCUCUGCUUCGUUUGCACGCCGAAUUCCUCUGAUUCGCCGUGCAACUCGUCUAUGUUGGCAUUUAUAACGCUUGUAACUAACGUUUUGGAUAGAUAUCCUGAGGAUGGUAAACUCGAUGCAGAUAGUCGGAGGGACAUGUUUGACUUCGUGAUCGUUGGUGCUGGAAGUGCUGGUUGCGUCGUUGAUUGGAAGAUUUUGUAGGCUCUUGGAAGCGGGCGACGAGGAGCCGUUGGUAACCCAUAUUCCUGGUCUAAUACCUCUUCUAGUGAAGAGCAGUAUCGAUUACGGCUACAAGACUCAGCCGGAACAGAAUGUAUGCAGAACAGAUCCGAACCACUCAUGCUACUGGGCUAACGGAAAGGUGAUGGGUGGGUCGAGCUCGAUCAACAGUAUGCAGUAUGUCAGAGGAAACAGAUACGACUACGAUAGUUGGGAAAAGCUUGGCAAUCCAGGAUGAAGCUGGAAUGACGUUCUACCGUACUUCAAGAAAUCCGUAAAUCUUGGAAAUGCGGAUGUGAGUGCUCUCGAAAAUACAUUGAUUCCUUAAUUCUAAAUUUUUAUAAUAUAGAUUUUAAAAAUUGAACCUGACUACCACGGCAGUAACGGUUACUUGACGGUAGAAAGUAGUCGCAUCAACGACUCAGAUUCACAGUUGGUCCUCGAUGCCUGGAGGGAAUUAGGCCUUGAAGAAAUCCACUACAACACCGGUCUACAAAUGGGUGCGGCUAGAUUGCUGUACAACACCGCUCGAGGAGCCCAUCAAAGCACAAAUAACGCUUUCUCGCAUCUUAUUCGCGGCAGACGACGAAACUUGAGCGUGAGACCUAACUCUGUGGUUACGAAGGUUAUCAUGGAUGAAGAAACAAAUUGAGCCAUCGGAGUACAAUAUCAGGACUCGAGACGUGGAAUUGUGAGGAAAGUUUAUGCUAGAAAGGAGGUGAUUCUGUCGGCUGGCACUAUGGGCUCACCGAAGAUUCUUAUGCUUUCGGGAAUCGGUCCAGCUGAUGAUCUAACCGAAUUGCGUAAUUCUUUUGAAUUUUAAGCGGUGAUGUAUGAUGUAAGACUGUAUUUUUAUCACUUGAUUUUCCUUGUUUGGGCAUACACGCCAUUAAAGAUCUACCAGUGGGGCACAAUCUUCAGAAUCACGUAUCUGAGAGUCCAUUAUCGGAAAAAAUAAAUGGUAGACCAUCCACUCAAGAGUCUAUCCAAAGCAUACAGUCAGACGUAGCGCAGUGGCUCCGCAAUCACGAAGGUCCUCUAUCUAUGACUAAUUUUAUAGACAAUAUAGCAUUUUAUCGUACAUCACAGGAGGAACAUCCAGACCUACCAGACAUCAACAUUAACUUUGUCAAAUUUAUGGACGACGGAUCCGACAGCUUUACCGAUUCACGCUUCUCUCUUUUACCGAGAUAUAACGGCUUCGUGAUAAACAAUCAGCUAUUGGCUGCCAGAAGUCGUGGUGUAAUGAAACUGAAUAGAACCGAUCCGGUCUGGGGUAAGGUGGAAAUCUACGCCAACUACUUAACCCAUCCUUAUGAUCUCCAGGCACUGAUUGAGGGUGUGAGAUUCUCUAUGCGAAUUUUAAACACUGCAGGUUUUAAGGAAAACGGUUUCGUGGGUAUUAAGUCACCGGCGAAAAAUUGCGAGAAUAUAGAAUUUGAUACGUUUGAGUAUUAUCAGUGUUACGCCAGAAGCUACACCACGCCGAUUUAUCACAUUGUUGGCAUGUGGAAAAUGGCUCCUGAGAGCGAUGGCGGUGCAGUGGAUGCCAGGCUGCGAGUGCACGGAAUCGGUGGACUCAGGGUUAUUGAUGCUUCUAUAAUGCCGAAUGUAACCAGAGGAAAUAAUCACGCACCGGCUGUUAUGAUAGGAGAGAAAGGAAGUGAUAUGAUCAAAGAAGAUUGGUCAAAUUAAAAAAUGUUAAUAUCUGCACUUUGUUAGUAAAAUAUUAUUCACGUGUAUAAGUUUUUUUGAAUAAAUUAUAAAGAAUUUUUCCUUGUUAUUAUCUAAAUAA